GAGAGGUUUACUGCAUGUUUAAAGCAACCAGGAACAUGGUUAGAGAUUUUGUGUUGUUCUUUGUGUGCUCGUGGGGACUGGUUGACGUGAAGACGGUGUCAGUGAUGGAGGGAGAUCCUGUCACUCUGAACACGGAUCUCACUGAAGUACAGAAAUAUCUGCUGAUACAGUGGAUGUUCGGAAGCACGAGAAUAGCCGAAGUCGACAGUCUCACGAACACCAACUCGACAUAUGACGGUCCAGAUGAGAGAUUCAGGGACAGACUGGAGCUGGAUCAUCAGACUGGAUCUCUGACCAUCACAAACACCAGAACCAGCGACUCUGGACUUUACAAAGUAACGGUUAUCAGCAAAGAGACCAGCUACUUGCGCUUCAGUCUAACUGUCCACGAGAGUACUUCAUCACCAGAGAGAUCAUCAAGCUCCAGUUUUUUGUCAUCCCGCUGUGUGGAAAAUAACCAAACUGAGGACACCAACAGUACUGAAGACCACCAGCCAUAUUACAUCCACUGCUGUGGUUUUACUGAAGCUGUGAUCCGAUUGGUCGUCUCUGCUCUGGUUGGUGUGACUGCUGUUGCUUUUGUUGUUUUUGACGUCAGAUCUUCAAGAAGUGAGCUGAACAGGACGAAAGAGACUAGAUUUCACCGUCAGAUCCACGGCAUGAAACCAGACCAUCAGGAUAGAAUGAGCAAAAGCAUUAGUUCUAGAUAUGUUUGCUGACGUUUGUGGGUAGAAAUAAGACAUGCAUUAAUAUUCCCUGCACUUGAAAUGCUUUCUAUUAACAGAGUUUUCUUGUUUUUUUUAAAUUCUUUUUUAAUAUAUAUGCAGAAUUUAAUUUAGAUUGAUAUAUUAGUUUCUGCAUUACAUAGCCUUAUAGAUAAUUGCCCUAAAAAACACAAAUGGUUCAGUAGAAAGAUCUCAGCUCUUGUUUCUGUUGAUACUCCUAGAAGACAUUUGCAACUUUGCAUAAAGAUUUCAUUUUAAAACAGAGUGCAUUUAAAUAGAAUUCAAAUAGCAGUUGGAUGUCAUUAUAAUUCAUGUGAUACUUAAACAACAGAAAAACCGAAAUUGAUGUUUUUAUGUAUAGAUUUAUUUUGGUAACAGACUGAAGAGAACUGACUGGAAUUCUUCUGCACACUGGAAAUACAAUAAUGUGAAGGCUAAUGAAUAAAGUGAAUUAACACA